AUGCUCCACUUCAAACUGAUUCUCUUUCUUCUGGCAUUUAUUACUGUCACCGUCGGUGCCGGAGAUGUUUGUGACUACACUCAAGCGCCACUUUAUCGUGAAACCACUACAACUCGACGAGAGUCAUUAUGCAAAGACGUCCCUCCGGAGAUCGAGUGCACCGUUGAGAUGGAAGAAGAACAGAAAAAUCAGAAAAGACAGAUUAGAUAG